AACAUGGGGAAUGGCAGAUUUGUAAUUCCAAGAUAGCCAGAGGCAAUUUUGGCCAUAAAAUAGAAACAAUUAUAUCCAUCUUUUUCAAUCUCAUACUCUCAUUUGUCAUUUCAUCGAACAGGUAGUAGUCAAAACCCCUAACUUCCUAAGCUUCUUCUGAAAAUUAUACCAAUAUAGUGAGAAAUUGAAAAGGGGAAAUCAGAAAUGGAUGAUGUAGCUGAAAAAGUAGCUAAUUUUCAAGCAAUAACUGGACUCGAAGACUCCGAUUUAUGCACUGAAAUUCUCUCCGCACAUAAUUGGGAUCUCGAAUUAGCGAUCUCAAAUUUCACCUCCAGUUCCACCGAAAAUUACCGUUCUGCUACUGUCACUGCUUCUGAAGCUACCACUAGUACAAUUCCCGAAGAAGUGGAAAUCGGACUUGUUGUCGGUGGGCCUCAUGGACCGCCGCCAGGACUCGCUUGGAAGAUUAUUACGCUGCCGUUUUCAAUUAUCUCCGGUAGUCUAGGGCUAAUUUCAGGAGCUGUUGGAUUUGGUGUAUGGGCGGCUAGUGGAGUUCUAUCGUAUGGAUUAAGCAUGAUCGGGCUGAACUCGGUCCGAAAUGGUGAGUCGUCGGCCCGUUUAGUGUCAGUAUCUGCAGCAGUAUCAGAGGCUAUGGAUUUUGUAGCGAGUUUUGAGAGGGAUUUUGGUAAUAUAAGGCCGAAUUUUGUAGCUGAGGGUUUUAUGGACGCGUUGCAGAGGUCUAGAAAUGAGUAUAAGCUACUUUUUGUUUAUUUGCAUUCGCCGGAUCAUCAGGAUACGCCGGUGUUUUGUGAGAGAACGCUUUGUAAUGAGGAUUUGGUGGCGUUUAUUACUGAGAAUUUUGUUGCUUGGGGUGGAAGUAUUAGAGCUAGUGAAGGUUUCAAGAUGAGUAAUAGUUUGAAGGCUUCGAGGUUUCCGUUUUGUGCUGUUGUAAUGGCUGCUACGAACCAGAGGAUCGCUUUGCUUCAGCAGGUGGAAGGGCCAAAAUCUCCUGAAGAAUUGCUUACAGUACUGCAAAGAGUGAUCGAGGAAAGUGCCCCUGUGCUUGUCACGGCUAGGGUUGAGGCAGAAGAAAGAAGAAACAAUAUGCGUUUGAGGGAGGAGCAAGAUGCUGCGUAUCGCGCUGCGCUAGAAGCUGAUCAGGCUAGAGAGCGCCAAAGGAAAGAAGAGCAAGAGCGGCUGGAAAGGGAAGGUGCUGAAGCUGAAAGUAAAAGAAAGGAGGAAGAAGAGGCCCGGGAAAGAGCUGCCCUUGAAGCUGCUGAAAGAGAAGCUGCAUUAGCUAAAAUGCGCCAGGAGAAACUUUUGGCAUUGGGAACUGAACCUGAGAAGGGUCCUGAUGUUACUCAAGUUUUGGUACGGUUUCCUACUGGAGAGCGCAAGGACAGGAGGUUUCAUUGUACAACAACAAUACAAUCGCUGUAUGACUAUGUUGAUUCUCUGGGAUGCCUUGAGGUUGACAAUUACAGCCUGGUAUCCAACUUCCCCCGCACCGUGUAUGGCGCAGAGAAACUUUCUUUGUCCCUGAAAGAUGCCGGAUUACAUCCUCAGGCCAGCCUUUUUAUUGAGUUGACCUCAUGAGAACAGCAUUAGACUGAUGGUUUCAGUUAAGUCUUGUUCUAGAAAAUUUCCUUCUGAAAUAUUUGUACUCAGCCAUAGUUAGCAAAUGCAUUCAUUACCUAAUAGUUGCCUAUACUAUUCUACUGCUUUGUCUGAUAACAGUAGGGAAUAAAUGAAUGGGAUGAUACUUCAUUAGCAAAUUCAAAUACAAAUUAUAAAGAAGCCUGUUUUACCA